AUGCCUACAUUCCAGUCGAAACCCUUUGGUCGCCAGAGCACUCUUGGCCCUCUUGCAGCCAAGGCCAAGAAGCACCCAUUUGUACUGUUUGGCUUACCAUUCCUUGCAAUCAUGAUUGGAGGUUCAUUUGGACUUGCUCAACUCACCCAAACACGUUAUGAUCAUCGUGACAUGAGAAACACAAAAUUGGCCAAAGAAGACGCUUUGGGUAUUGACAAGAACAGAAGAAAGCUGAGUCUUCAAGAAGAGUACUGGCGUCUUCAAGCAAAAUCUGAUGAUGAUGAUGAUUGGGAACAAGUCCGUAUUGAACGCCCUCCAGGUGUUCAAUAA